UAAAGCCAUAGAUGAGAGUCUUCUUCAGCCUGAUCAUCUUCUCUUUCACGCUGGCUACAUGUCAAGAAGCCUGCUGGUUUCAGCCCAAUAAAGUCAACCUUGAAGGUGGUAACCAAGCUCCUUAUUCAUCUGAGCAAAUAAUUAUUUUAUGGCUUGCACAGGUUCAACUGGAGUCUUUUCUCUUAGGUAAAGUGGUGAUGCCAAACACAUGCGUUGAUCCAAAUGAUCGGACAAGGCAUCUCCUUGGGUCCACCUGGAAUUCAGAUCAUUGCUUGAGAUGCGAGUGCCACAGAGAUGGGAGGUUGUGCUGCACCAGAUAUGGUGGUAUUGCAGGAAAAGAAGGAUGCAAAGGAGUGGUAAAUCCAGAAACAUGUGAAUAUGAAUUCUAUCAGCUUGAUGACCCAUCAAAGCCUUGUCCCUAAGCUUGGAUUCUCAUCUCUUCACAUAGAGGAACCUAAGUAAAUCUCUCACAUAAGCAA